AUGGCUUCCAAAAUCGUCCUCAUCACCGGCGCCAACACCGGAAUCGGUUUCCAGGUCGUCCGCGCCCUCUGCAACUCCACGCAAACCUACAGCAUCAUCGUAGGCGGACGAUCCCCAGCAAAAGUCCACAGCGCCAUUAGUGCCAUUCAAAGUGAAUUCGCAAACUCCCAAAGCCAGCUCUACCCCCUUCAGAUCGACCUCGAAUCCGACGACUCGAUCAAACACGCCUACGAAGACAUCAGCACCAAGUUCGGAAGACUCGACGCUCUCGUCAAUAACGCAGGCGCGUGGUUCGAUGCCCAAGCCAACGGCACAAUGACCGAACGCCAAAUGUGGACCAAGACCUGGGACGUCAAUGUCACGGGCACACACCUCCUCACCUCUGCCCUCAUGCCUCUCCUCCUCAGAAGCUCCGACCCAAGACUCCUCUUCGUGACAUCUGGCGCGGCAAGACUCGCAGGCACCGACGACCUCCGUCUUUCAAUAAACCGGUCCCCACCGGCCGGCUGGCCCAAGCCCGCUGGGACAACUGCCACGGCGUACCGCAGCGCGAAGACGGGACUCAACAUGGUACUGCGCGAGUGGGGGCGGAUACUCAAAAAUGACGGGGUAAAGAUUUGGGGGAUCGCGCCGGGUCACCUGGCCACUGGCUUGGGGGGUGGCACAGCGGAGGAGAUGAAGAAGAACGGGGCGGAAGAUGCUUAUGUGGCCGGGCCAUUUAUUCGGUCGGUGCUGGAGGGAGAUAGGGAUGCUGAGGUUGGAAGGGUGAUUAGGAGGGAGGGAGUGCAGGAGUGGUAG